AUGGCUCAAGUGGAGAAAGAUGCUUCAGAUUUUGAUUCGUGUUUUAAAGAUUUCUGGGGGAGUGCAGCCCAGAUGUAUUAUGACGCAUCUGAUGAGUCACAGAUUUAUGAAUUACAAUGUAAAGCAACAUGUAUUACUCAAGGAGGUCGCAAUAUUGCAUCAUACUUUGCUGAGCUUAAGAGCGUUUGGUUGAAACUAGACCGUCGUUGUCCAAUCAACAUGAAGUACCCUGAUGAUGUGAAGAUUCAACAUGCUGAGAUACAGAAAGAUUGUAUUUAUGAUUUUCUUAUAGGUCUAGAUGAUGAGUUUGAUAAAAUUAGAGGAUAUUUGUUGAGGUUAAGACCAUUGCCAAAAUUGAAGGAGUUAUUUGCUUUUAUUCGUUAA